AGACACGAAGAAGAAAAUCAUGACGCCAUCACUCCGCGUUUACAAACAAGAUGGCUACCUAGUUUGUGAAUAGUUUCCCUACAUCUGAAAAAUUCAUUGUUUUGGUAGCAAGUUGGCGCUUCGGUCGUAGUUACAAACGUUUCACCUUACAUGUUGUGAUAGAAAUUAGCUUAAACAUGAAGUCUGACGUGGAGGAGUUGAUGCCGAGGCAGCUGCCCGUUGAGUAUGGAGCCAGUGCGGAGGAGCUGGACCUGAAUGGACCGCCGAGAAACCCCCGAGAGUAUCUCCGACAGGUCCAGUUGGAGGCGUCACUGUGUCCAGAGGUCGUGGUCGCUCAGAUCGACCCCAAGAAACUGAAGAAGAAACAAACAAUUCAUGCCUCUGUGGCAGGUUGCCACGCUGCUCCAGUGGGGUUCUGUCCCAGCCUCAGCUGGCAGCAGCACCAAGUUAGCAACUUCUCAGACGUCAGACAGAGCAUCACAAAGAACAGGAUUCACUGGAGCAGUCACACUCUGGACGACAAUGUACAGAUGCCAAAGCUAACCGAUGAAGAGGGCUGGAAGAGAUUUUGUUUAGGAGAGAAAGUCUAUCUGGGUCACACAGAUGCUGAACCAGAGCCAGCGCUGGACUAUAGCAAGGUGGGCUUCCCUCCCUUCCUCAGUAUAGUCAGCAGACUCAACCAGUCCACCGUGCUGAUGGUGUUAGAAACUCUAAUCUGUUGGUUUGAAGAACACGACUUUGUUCCACAGUUGGGUCGCUGGUUGUAUGGGUUGUUGGCGUGUCUGGAGAAGCCUCUGUUGCCUGAAGCUCAUUCCUCCAUCAGACAGCUGGCCAGGAGAAGUGCUCAGCUCCGCAGCACACUGGAGAGUCAGGAGGAUGAGAAACUACCAGCCCUCAACCUGCUCAUCUGUCUUGUUGCCAGAUACUUUGAGCAGAACGACCUGGCAGACCAGCCGGAGUGAACACGGGGUUUCAACUGCUGACCGAUAUCAAGACCUUAAGGAGGGAUAUGUUGCAAGUCCUCUUACUGAUGCAGCAUUCAUACAGGUUGUACAGUAAGGUAACCAAAAACUUGAAGACAAUUAAAGAUGGAGACUUAAAAGAAAAUGUUUCCAAGGACACAUCAGUGCAAACAACCAUGUUGGAGCUGCGCUGAUUCUGCAUGCUUGGAUGAAAGUUGAGGAUGGAACCAAAAGGGCUGGAUGAUGAACUCAACACUUGUAUUAUUUAAGUCAUUUGAGUUUCUGCUGACUGGACAGCUACCAAAGCACAAGAUGAUCAUUUCCUUUGAGUUUAGUUUUGAGAUUUAUGUAUGUAUUAAAAAUAAAGAUUUUUCUAAAAAAACAAACAAACCUGAUUUGUGGGAUAUUUGUUUGCAGCUUUUUAAGAGUUAAAAUGCAUUUUCAAGGUAUUUUUCCAGACUCUUGAAACCGUUGCAACCACAUCUAAAUAAAAAUGCAACUGCAAAU